UUGCUACUUCAGAUAUCGAUACCUGAUGGCACACUUUUGUCACCUUCUGAGACUGCAGCUGUAGUGGGAGGAAACGUACUGACCAGUCAAAGACUCUGCGAUGUAAUUCUAAGAGCUUUCGAAGCAGUGGCUGCCAGUCAAGGAUGCAUGAACAACGUCACAUUUGGUGAUGAGUCUAUGGGAUAUUACGAAACCAUCGCUGGAGGAGCGGGUGCCGGUGAGGGUUUCGCCGGACGCAGCGGUGUUCACACUCAUAUGACAAACACGAGGAUCACUGAUCCGGAAAUUCUUGAAAGCAGAUACCCUGUUGUACUGCGUGAGUUCAGACUUCGAGAGAACUCCGGAGGAACCGGCAAGUGGCCUGGAGGAGACGGUGUGGUACGGUCUCUACAAUUCCGUCGACCUCUUUCACUCUCACUUCUUACAGAACGAAGAGUGUUUGCUCCUUACGGACUUCAUGGCGGUGAAGACGGAGCUCGUGGUAUGAACUUGCUGAAGAGGAAGUCGCGAACAGUGAAUCUUGGAGGAAAAAUCACGCUCGACAUAGAGCCUGGCGAUAUCCUCGAGAUACGAACUCCGGGAGGAGGAGGUUACGGUAAAAAAUAA